AUGGAUGCGCUGGUGCAACUUUAUUUCAACAAGUCUGAAUUAAAUGGUGAUGUUAAAAUAUUAAUUUUAAACUGGAUCACGUUCUUCAAGAAUAACUGGAACUUUCUAUUCAAUGUAGAUAAGGAAAUAGUUCUGAACUUGGAAUUUUUUUUAGAUAAUAAAAAAGUGAUAAAUAAAAAUGCCCCACCAAAUAAUCACGUGUAUUUACACGAAUUGAAGAAGAAUCCAGAAAUCGUUUUAAAGUUCAUGAAACUUGCUUUGCAUUUAUUGUUAUGCAAGUUACUAGAUAUAGAUACGCUCAAAGAAGAUGAAUCUAAUGAGAAGGUAAUUGAGCAGAAGAAAUGCCAAGAGAAAGGAAAAGAGGACGAGUGUAGUGGUACCAUUUGUAACAGCAGUUCUGCGAACAGUAUCGACAAGAAGAAUAAUAACAUUAAGAACAGUAAGGAGGAAAAUGUUCUGAAUAACAGCAAAGAGAUGAAAGAAACUACACAUUCUAAUAGUAACGGCCGAGAUAACCCCUUUAUUAGGAGAGAUGAAAUCAGUGAUUUUGAAAAAGACAACAUGUUAAUUAAUGAACUAAAAUGUGACAGACAUAAAGAGUCUGAAUUUUUCCGAAAUUAUUUUUUAACAAACCGAAUAACCAUUUAUAUAUACAACUGGAAUAAGAUAAACAAAUUUGAAAGUUUGAAAAGUGAAAAAGUAAAUCAACUGAUAUGUCUUCGAGGUAGUGUUUUAAGAGUAUCACCAAUCCAGUUACUAAUUACAAAACUAGACUUUAUAUGUGAAAAAUGUAAAGGUAUAAUCCAAAUAGAAUUUAUAGAUGGGAAAUUUGAGACUCCAAAAAAAUGUCCAAAUCGAAAUUGUGAUUCCAGAAAUUUCCAUCCAAUUAGAGAAUCAGCUAAAUCUGUGGAAUAUCAAAAAAUAAUUUUAAAAGAAAAUAAAAAAAUUCUUAACAGUAUGAACGAAAUGGAUGAAUCGAAUGCAAAAAAUUUAACAGUCACAUUGGAAGUUUCAAAAUUUUUUGUAAAUUCAUGUAUACCAGGUAACUAUGUUGAAGUGUUAGGAAUUCUAAAAGUUAUAUCCUACAACAAUAAUUAUUUCAUUAAUGGAAAAAAUUCUUUGUAUAAUAUGUACGUAGAUUGCUUAUCUAUUUUCCCUUUGUCAUCUAAAAAAUAUCUAAAUAAUAGUUCUUUCAAUUUUGAAAAGAUGAAAGAAACAAAGAAUAAACUUUACAAUUCUUUUCUUUGGGAAUCCUAUAUUGAUAAAAUCUCAAAAAGACUUAUUCUAUAUUUUAAUGACGUUAAAUGUGGAAAAAUUAAUAAAUGUCAAAAAUCUAAAUGCAGUAAUGAUCCAGCUGAAGAAGAAAAAAUUUCUUUACCUGAUCAUGCUCCAUUUAAAGCACAUCUAACAACCAUGACUUCUAAACUUAAGAAGCUAGAACCCAUUGGAGGAUUUAACACUCCUCCAUCCAUUGCAGAAAAUUAUGACAUAACUAGAGAAAUAUAUAUAAAGACGAAAACGAAUAUAUGUAGUGAUGCUAGCACAGUGAAUAAUUCUAUCGAAAUGAGCACGAAUGAAGUUCUAAUCGAUCCAAAUAAUAGAGCACUGCUGAGCGACCAUAUGGGUAGCGGUUCGGUCAGCGGGCCAAUCAGCGGUUCAGGAUAUAACACAAAUAUACUUGCUCAAUUUGGUGAUGAAGCAGAAAAAGUUUCUACUUCGAAUAACCAAGGAAAUGAUUCAAUUGGAAGCACCUUCACAAGGAGUGACCAGCAUCAUAGGACUUACUCAAUUUUAAAUGAACUCGAAUUUGAUGGUGACGAAUUGUGUAUGUACGGGGAUUAUAUCCAUGAUGAAAAUGCAGAAACUGAAAAAAAAAGAAAAAAAGGAAAAUUUAAUCUGAAUUGGUGUGAUAGCGAAAAGGAAACUAACGAAAUUAUCCAGACGAACGAAACGAACCAUACAGAUGAGAUGAUCCAAGGGAAUAACAGAAACACAGAUCAUCACUUUAAUGAAAGCAAAGAUUUCGAUUCAAAUGUUUUGGAAUUCAUUCGAGAUAUGCAAAAAUAUGGAAAGAACAAAUUCUACCUUCUCGUGGCAUCCUUAUGUCCACGAAUAAUUAUGAGCAAUUACAUAAAGGCUGGAAUGUUAUUAAGUCUUCUUGGAGGGAAAACAAUUUAUGAUGAAUAUAAACAAAUAAAAAGACGUGGAAAUAUACACAACUUAUUAAUUGGAGAUCCAGGGUUAGGAAAGAGCAGAAUUCUUCAAUAUGUGAGUAAUAUAAUUGAAAACAGUUUAUUUAUUUGUAGCACUUCGACAAGUGUUAAUGGAUUAACAGCAUGUGCAUUUAAAGAUGCAACAAAUAAUGAAUACUCAUUAGAAGGAGGUGCAUUAGUAUUAUCAGAUAAAGGUAUAUGUUGUAUUGAUGAACUAGAUAAGAUUUCUCUAACAGAUCAGCAAUCAUUCCUUGAGUGCAUGGAAAGCCAAUGUAUUAAUAUAAGCAAGGCUGGAAUCGUUUGCAAUCUCAAAACUAGAUGUUCUAUCAUUGCUGCAUCUAAUCCAAAGGAAGGAAAAUAUAAUUACAAUAAAACCAUCUUUGAAAACAUAAAAAUUCCUUUUCCAUUGUUAAGCAGAUUCGACUUAAUUUUUCUCUUAACUGAUAAAAUGUCCGAGGAAAAAGAUUAUCAAAUUUCUAAUUAUUUAAUAAGUUCAAAUUAUGAUGAACAAAGAAGAAAAAAAAAAAAAAAAAAACGAAAAAGAAAAGAAAAAAAGUCAAAAGAGUUACAUAAAAAAGUUGUACAUAAUAGUACUAAUCACAGAAGAGGUCUUAACACUCUUCCUUCCGACACAUCCGAUACUUCUACAACUUCAUACACUAGCAAUGAUGAUGAUGAUGAUAGUGAAGGUGCAGACACAAAUAUGUUUUCUCUAAAAAAUGAUCUACUGCAUAAAUGCAAACAAAUAGAUGAGCAAAGUUAUUUGCCUGUUGAACUCCUAGGAGUCUUCAUUAAAUAUUGCAGAAAAUGUAUAUUCCCAACCUUAUCAAUUGAAGCUAAAAAAUACAUAAGAAAAUUUUAUUUACAUCUUAGAAAUCUUUCUGCAACUCAUAGUAAUAUAAGUGCACCCAUCACCAUAAGACAGUUAGAAUCCCUAAUUCGACUUUGCCAAGCUCGCGCAAGAGGAGAUUUAUCAAAUGUUGUAACGUUAUAUCAUGCAAAGGAAGUUGUCGAGAUAUACCAAAAAACCAUAUUCUACCCCUUAUAUUUAAAAACACUUAAUUUUAGAGAAAAAAGUGGUUCCAAAGUUAAGAAAGGGAAGUCUGUUUCUUCCAUUUCGAAUGCAUUCAAGGAGAGUAUCAUUCAGUUUGCCAAGCAUCGCGAAAACAAAAUUUUUAACAAGGAUUUGCACAACUUGGCAAAGUCAGUGAUCCUUUCAGCAGAUUCAUACAUAUCAGACGAGGCCCUAAUUCAUUACGUUAACAACGAUGGAUUUAUAUUAUAUAAGGGCGAGUACUGGCAGGUAGAUCCAUUUUACUUACGUUAG